UAAGCUCCACUUUCCAGAACGCGCCGGGAGGAAAUUCAGAGCUCGCGAACGAGUGCCGGAUUAUCGCGACAGGCCGAUUGAGAGAAGAGCAAGCAAGCCAAACCAGCCAGCGCAUCGGCACACCCGCAUCCACAGGAGACCAUCCACGUUCGAUCAGCGCCAAAAUCAUCAACAAGAUCGCCGGCCCUCUGGUCUAUCUGGCAAGAUGGACCCGCCACCCCCAAGCCAGGGCGUGCACGAUCAAUUGCUGCCCCAUGUGCAUCUCAUCAGCACACACAGGUACCCCUCUCUGCAGAGGAUCGAGCCCCAGAGGGUGACGGAGUGGCUACUGGCCGCCCCAAGGAUCUCUCGCGAUGUCGCGCCCUUCUCGUGGACCUACCUGGACACUCCCCCCGAUGGCUUCGUGUUUUGCGCCUGGCAGCCGCUCCAGCGCCUGAACACGGAGUUUGCGAGCGACGGCUAUAUCUGGAGUGGCCCCGAAAUGGCGUACUGCCACGAUCUCGGCAAUGGCUUGAUGCUAGAGACAUACCACCAAAAGGCCGGCUUCAAGCCCAUGGCCGAGCCGUACACGAUGCACUCGCGUCGCCGCUACCGAUUGGUGCUGGGCAAGACGCCCAACCCGAACAUGCCUCCUCACCAGAUUGACCCGAGCCUUUUCAUCGUCCAUUACGGCCCCAGCGAGCCGCAAGACCACAUCCCGGCCAACGCGAUCCAGGUCGACCCCCGCACGCACAGCAUCCUGAACUUCCGGAUGCAGCUGCAGCGUGCUGGCCAGAUUGUGCGCAAGAGCUUCAUGCUGAACGACCGCGCCAACUACCCCCAGAUCCCGCUCCCGCGCAUGUUUCCGGACCCGCACUCCGUCCAGCGACCCCCCGUGCCCCAGAAUGUGGCCUAUCCACCUGGUCCUCCUUCCAAGCGAGGCGCCCGUAGCCACGCUGCGCAGCAGCAGCAGCAGCAGCAGCAGCACCAACAGCAGCACCAACAACAGCAGCACCAGCAUGCCCAACAACAGCACGCUAUGGGUGGCCCGGGCGCGUCGCUCUUGGAGUUUGAGGAUGACGAGGAUACUUCGCGUGGUGAUAUGUUCGAUCAUGUGACGCCGCGCGAUGUCAGCGUUGCGAGGUAUACGCAGAACCACGAGUGGAUGGAGGAAGUGUUUGCGUCACCGUAUAGGAUGAGCCAGAUCGAACUGCCGGACCUAGGGUUGGGUCUCAAGGGCGAGCUUGCGUCGGUGACCCAAGGAGUUUUCGAGGCCCAGGGGGAGAAGGCCGAAAAGGAGGUGCCCAAAAAGGCGUACGUUGGCCGGCUUGACAAGGAUCUCGCCGACGAAUUUAGGAAGCGGGUGGACGAGAGGAUCGAGGCUACCCAGGCUGAGAUGAAGCGCAUGGAGGCAGAACACGCCAAGACUCUGGCCGAGAUAGAAAAGGGGCGCUUGUUCACGCGCGCCGAGAGGGAGCUACGCGGUCCAUCCGACAACUCGUCCGAGUUCUGGCGCCUUGAGGGCAGGCUUGACGGGACAGAGGAUGGCGGGCGUGCCGGCGGUCGCAGAAAAGAUCCGGACGAGGUCGCGGCCACUGUCGAAACCACCGUCGGCCGCAAACCAGUCGAGGUGCAGGAUGUGCUGCGGGUCCAGGCCGGCGGCUACCAGGAGCCAGUGGUGGAGCCACCGAGGGUCGAGCCUGCUUCGCAGCCGCUGCUUGACCCCCUACUGGCUGACCCAGCAACUGCAUCGUCCAUGUCGCGGCACCCGUCACAUGCUGGCUCACAGAACAGCGGCAUCAUGGUAGGCGACUCGGACAUCGAUAUGGGAGGCACAGCAGCCGGGCUGCUGGAUCAGAUGCACACUGGCUUUCCUUCGUCGACAUCGACACCUGUCAACAACUUCCCGACGCCGCAACCACAGCUGCAGGCUGGUCACUCCAACGCAGGUACCCCGCAGGCUGGCGCCCAGGUGCCUUCGCCCCAUCCGCCACCUCCAGGUCAGCAACACCAGCAGCACCCGGUUAGCGCAUCACACGACGUGGACAUGGCAAAUUCGGCAACUGGUGAGGCCGCUGGCAAGGAAGCCACACCCCUUACCGCCCCUGAUCAAGGGACGGGUAGCGGCGAUUGGGUCGUAAUCCCCAAGACCACGGGCGCCGAGAUGCCUCUAGGUGCAGGAACCGUGGCCGCCCACGCAUCACCGGCGGUUCCUGGGGCCACCGCCGGCGGUGAUGUCGGCGCUGGGAUGGAGCCGCAGGCAAAGCCGCCGAUGGCAGGGAACAUGCAGGGACUGGGUGCUAGUAAGCCUGGCUCGGCGAUGGGCACACCAGACAACUUCAGCUCCCUCGGAGACAUUGUGGAGGGGGGCGGGGAUGCGCUGGCGAGCUUUGGCGGAACCCCUGGAGUAGGUGACGACCUGGACCUCAACAUGGACAUGGAAGACUCGGCCUUUGGAGAUGCCUUCCAUGGCGUGAGCGAGUCACGGACCGGCGAUGGCGUGGGCGGCGACGGCACGCCUUCCGGAGUUGAGGGGGGCCUGUAGGAAGGGCUUGACCUCACCGACUUUCCUGAAUUUCCCGACAUGACCGGGUGGCUGUAAAGCGAUUGGAUGGGGCGCGAACAGUCUAAUACGAUGGUGACGACACUCGACUCUGUGGCUGCCUCUUGCUCACUUCUGUUUGCAGAUGGCACGCUCGACUCGGCCAGAACUCGGCGUACCCAUGCUUCCAGUACAGGACGUAAUGGCGCUGCCGCUCUUGGUUUCGUUUUCUGGGUAGUUGUUAUACGGCGUUAGGAAGAGCAAACCCUAGGAACAGUCUGCCAUAUGUGAUGGAUGCAGGAGCACAUUCUUAGGUUAUAUUUUCUUGCUCCACCUUGUCGUUUUCAUAAAUGUGCUUCUUCGUCUUUCCCUGCCCAGUCGGCCAUGUAUAACAUAUUUCCUUGGUUGCUUUGAUCAAAGGAUGUUGAGAUAUACCUAAACCUGUACACUGUCAAUUCCCCAAGCUCGGUGUACCUUCAGCAAACACGUUCGUAACCUGAAACCCUGCACUUUUUCUAGGCAUGAGAAACGGGGCAUUGCAUGAGAUGCGAGGACUGCAACGAGCAACAGGAAGAAAGAUGUGCGAAGUGCGAAAAUGAUAUGGGAAAUCGUAUCAGAAGAGG